ACCUCGUCGCGUCGCAGUUCUAUAACGACAAGAGUCGCGGAUUGUCACAUUAGUUUGUACCGUUAUUUUGGGAGCUCUGGCCCUCGGUUAAAGUGGUUAUCAGUAGCUGAAAUUAUAAAGUAAAGUAAUUGUUAAGCAUACGUGUCAUUUGUGCGAUAUUUAAGUGAUACAAAUAAGACAAUAAAUGAUGAUUAGUGAAAGUGCAUAUCGCGUUCAUGUGUUUUCUUUCUUUGAUGAUAAAUUAAUCAGCUGUUGAUCCGCUAUAUAAGCCCAAGCAGGGGGGUCCAAUUCAAGCAAUCAUGUUGACCCAGAAAAGAACUUUUACGUAUACGUAGCAUCAGUUGGUUUAGCAGUGACAAGACAAGUAUACAUACGAGCAUGCAACCCAGAACCAGAUGCCAAUUAUAUAAAAUUUCAUUCUGCCUUUCAGUGUGGGUCAUGUACACCUGCUUGAUCGUACAGUUUCUGAACUACAGCACGAAAUUACCAGAACCAAAAAAAUUGGGUAGGUAGACCUAUCCGUGAUCCAAUCACUACAAUGAAGAAUAUCGAAUGGCCUCCGACGAUUACCGAUCACGACACAUCUCUGAGGACAGAUUCGGGCUCAGCAACACGUUACAAAACGAUUUCUUCGGAACUAACAACAUCUAGUUACGCGAUAACGACGGAAGCUGAUACCGAAUUGGCCAAAAUACGACACAUCAAUGAAACCGAUCAUACGUCUACGAACACACUUCCAGGAACCGAAUCUGUAACAGGUGAAGAAAAAAUUACCACAUUUGAAGCAGAUACGAUUACGAUGACUAAUAUACCGCUGAUAACGAAUCUAUUAGACACCACUACCGCUGCAUUACAAACGACUACGAGCACUACAGACACCACCACCGGUAUAACGUCUACAUUGAAUACAAUAGAAUACACGACGAAUCCAUAUCAGCAAGAUACAGAUAGUACAUCGACUGUACCAGCACCAACAGCUACCGAAUUACUAGAAGCUGUUUCUAUUACUACAGAUACUCCGGUAUUUAGAACGUACGAAUAUGUCACCGGAAUGCUGUCGACGCUCAAUACGAUAGAAGAUUCUACGAAUCCAUCGACUAUACCGUAUAAUAAAGAUACAGACAGUACAUCGACUUUACCAGCAUCAACAUCUGCCGAAUUGCUAGAAGCUGUUUCAACUACAGAUACUCUGAUAUUCAGCACGUACGAAUACGAGUAUGUCACCGGAACGCUGUCGACGCUGAAUACAAUAGAAUAUACUACGAAUCCAUCGACAACAUCGUAUGGGCGAGAUACAGAAUAUACGUCGACUGUACCAGCAUCAACAACUACGGAAAUGAAUGUAGGAACUGAAGCUUUUUCGGUAACUGAUAUUCCGGUGCUUGAAAUGCACGAAUAUGAACUCGGAUUCCAGGCUGUUCUUCAAGACGCCGAUAAAUACAGUUUCAAUACAGAUACUAUGAGUACUCUAACGAAUUAUUCAACAACGAUUUUGUCAACUACGACCACAAUUUCUGAGAAUUCGUCAUCGGAAAGUACUGAUAGAUUCUUCACAACGUCUCGAACUUCCGGCGAAAUUACUUUGACAACCGAAAUCGGAGAAUAGGAGAAGGAUGCCAAGGUAACCGAGGCGACUAAUUCUUCACAAUUACUGUUACGAGAUUAAUACUUACUCGAAUUAAGAACCGAUGAACCAAAACUUGAAUAAAAAUUAGAAAUUAAAACACCAGCAGUUGAAAAACUUACACAAACGACGCAACAGCUUACCAAACGAAUAACAGAAAAGAAAUGACAAAGGAGAAGGUGAAGGACGCCAACUGCCAAGAGCAAUGGCCGGCAAUUUCUACAGAACAUUCUAGAAGGUUGAACCGGUGUUGCCGGUUGGUGGUUGGGCGGGUGAUCACGUAACCGUAACGUGAAGUCACGUAUUCGGUAUUGCGUCAUGUUUCGAUUUUUUUCAAGUUCAAAGUUCAAACUUCAAACUUCAAAUUCAAAUUUCAAAAUGAAUUUUGAAUUUUGAAGUUUGAAUUGAACAUUUGAACGAAAUUAAAUUGAACUGAAUUUUAGUUGAAAUUAUUCUGUUUUUAAGAUCGAAUUCAGUUCAAUAAUCUAAAUAAUUGUAAACUUUAAAAGUUUGAAAUCUCAUUAUUAAUUAUAAUUAAGUAAUAAAAUAAAAAAAAACAUUUAUGUGUGUAUUGUGUACUGUGUAGACUGUAGAUACGUAUAAUUACUGUGUUCAAAAUUAAAAUGAAACAUCAAAAACAUCCACUCUUUCGCAUCGGUCAUUUAAUUCAAUUAUUAUUACACACGUUUUAAACAGGAAAACAACGGUUUGUUUUAUUUUUUUUGUAUAAAAUACUUUUUUUUCGAACUCGUACUGUCUGAUUUGGUUGGUUAAAUUUAAAUCUCAUUCAGUUAUUCUCAAUCAGAAACGUUGUAAAAACCCUUCAUGAUAAUGAUUAGGUGGUUAUUCUUUCUUUCUUGUUUUUAUGACUUAUAAAAGAACAAAUUACAAGUUACCUACAACAAAAGUACCUAUAGUUCAGUUGAAUUAAUUAGAUAAGAUUGAGCGGUUUGAGCCUUUAAAAUAUGACUUUACGUUACGUCGCCCUUGAAAC